ACAAGAAGAGGAAAGCUACCUUCGUUUUCCAAUUUUGAACUUCUGAAGAAAAAUAUACCGAAUUAUUCAAAAAUUAAUAGUUUUAAACAGAUUAUUAAUUAUUCAGAUUCUUCUUCUUCAAUUCUUCAUCAUACGGAAUAAUUAUUACGGAGUAUUGAAUGGAAAAAACAUCCAGUCAAAUUCAAGCACCCCUCUUUUUCUUUUAGUUUUCUUGUUCUUCUAGAAAUAGCUUGGAACUUCAACUUCUCCUCCUUCUCUCUAUACUUUCUCUCUCUAGAUUUUUGGCUAACAACUCUUGGAUUUUUCUUGUGGGAAAUUAGUAUUUUUCAAAUGGGGUUUUAAUUUUUGAUCGAGGGCUUGUUUUUUUAGCUGUUGUCGCCACCCAUUACGACUUUAUUUUUCUUUAUCUCUCUACAUCUUCUCUCUCUAAAAAUGCCAUUGACCUCUGAAUUUUCUCAUACAUGGCGGAAAUUGCUUCAUAAGAGGGCAAUUCAGCUCUGCAUUGGGUUUUGUCUCAAUUUCUCUCUCCUCCUUUCUCUCUCUACGCAAGUAAGUUCUUUCUCCCAAAGCCCAUCAUAAGCUCAGCUAAACAGCUGUAAUUUGAGGUUAGUACAUGCUUUUGUUGCAAUCGAUUGUAUAAUUUAUUAGCAUUUUGUACAAAGUUUGAAGUCUUAUUAAUGUGCUAGAACUUGAUUUUUAGCAUACUUUUUGUAUUGUUAUACCAACGUUGAUUGAAGGAAGGUGUAAAGUUGUUGAAUUGCCCUAAUUUGUUGAUGUAGAGGGUGGAUUGUUGGAUUUAUAGCGUUUUUUGUGAGGAAUUAGCAUCUGGGUAGUUGAUGAAUUCGAGUAUAGUUGACUAUUUACAGUAUAAGGGUAUUAUUAUGUUUAGAUCAUGAGCUCGAAUCGACCACUUUUGAUCCCAUCACCGAAAAUAUCGAAUCCCGGUGAAAUCGUGUCGGUGCCCGCAGCCGUUGUUGAUCUUAGCGUUCCUGAGAGGUCUCAGUCUGUUCGUGGGAUGGAUUUUAGUAAACCUGUUGAGAAUUCGUCCAAGAGUGACUCGGUUUUGUAUUCGGCUUCUAGGGGGAGUAGGUUGAGAUCUCCCUCACUGAGGGACUCCACCCAACUAGCUGAAAAUAUUGUAAAGAAUGAUCCAUUUUUACUUUCUUCGUCUAGAAGGAGUGUAUCAUCUUAUCAGUCUGUUUCUCGUGGAGCUGGUGAAUCUGUUUUUGAGACAGACUCAAAUUUUGCUGUUGAACAUUCAGCCAGGAAUGAUGGUCUCAUGCACUCCUCAUCUCGGGGAAGCAUUCAGUCGUACCACUGGAGGUCGGCUGGAAAUUCUGUGAGGGAGAUGAAUUAUGGUGAUUCUGACCCAAAGCCAGUAAGAUAUGGAUCAAGAGCAGCUGAUUCUGAAGGCUUGGGUCUUUCUCAGAAGGAGAUAAAUGAGGAAGAUGCAAGGUUUAUCUAUAUAAAUGAUCCAGAGAAGACAAAUGAGAGGUUUGAAUUUUCCGGGAAUUCUAUACGCACUUCAAAGUAUUCUUUUAUCACCUUCUUGCCUCGGAAUCUCUUUGAGCAAUUUCACCGGGUAGCCUAUGUAUACUUCCUUAUUAUAGCUGUCCUCAACCAGUUGCCCCAACUUGCAGUUUUUGGCCGGGGUGCGUCUGUAUUGCCUUUAGCUUUUGUAUUGAUAGUUUCAGCUAUAAAGGAUGCAUUUGAGGAUUUUAGGAGGCACCGGUCAGACAAAGUUGAGAACAAUCGGCUUGCGCCAAUAUUGGUCAAUGGUAAAUUUGAGCAUAAGAAGUGGAAGCUUAUUCAAGUCGGUGAGGUGAUAAAGAUUUCUUCAAAUGAAACUCUUCCAUGUGACAUAGUGCUGCUGUCAACUAGUGAUCCAACUGGGGUUGCUUAUGUGCAGACCAUAAAUCUGGAUGGGGAGUCAAAUUUAAAAACACGGUAUGCCAAACAGGAAACCCAUUCAAAGAACCAUGAAAAGGAGAAGAUUGGUGGUUUAAUCAAGUGUGACAAGCCCAAUAGAAAUGUGUAUGGAUUCCAGGGAACCAUGGAGGUUGAUGGGAAGAGGAUGUCGCUAGGGCCUUCUAAUAUAAUUCUCCGAGGUUGUGAGCUCAAGAACACUGAUUGGGCUAUUGGGGUGGUGGUAUAUGCUGGGCGUGAAACUAAAGCUAUGCUUAAUAAUGCAGGAGCCCCAUCUAAAAGAAGUCGUCUUGAGACGCAAAUGAAUCACGAGAUCAUUUUGCUUUCUCUAUUCCUUAUUGCUCUAUGCACCAUAGUGUCCACCUUUUUCGGAAUUUGGCUGAGGCGUCACAUGGAUGAAGUGAAUGAAACGCCAUUUUAUAGGAAAAAGGACUACAAUAGGGGUCCUCCAAGAGACUAUAACUACUAUGGCAUAGGCCUGGAAAUAUUAUUUACGUUCCUCAUGGCUGUUAUUGUUUUCCAGAUUAUGAUUCCUAUUUCACUCUAUAUAUCCAUGGAGCUUGUGCGGGUUGGUCAGGCUUAUUUCAUGAAUCGAGAUGCCGCCAUGUAUGAUAGUGUCUCAAAUAAAGCAUUCCAGUGCAGGGCCUUGAAUAUAAAUGAGGACUUGGGCCAAAUAAAGUAUGUCUUCUCCGAUAAAACUGGGACACUUACUGAAAACAAGAUGGAAUUUAAAUGUGCCAGCAUAUGGGGGACGGAUUACAGUAUUUCUACAGUUGAUGAACCAGAUGAACAGAACGCGUACUUUAUUGAAGUGGAUGGGCAGGUCCUGGCACCAAAGGUGAGGGUGAAGGUUGAUCCCACUCUUCAAAGGGUGGUAAAGAGUGGAAAUGACACUGAUGUAGGAAGAUGUGUUUAUGAUUUCUUCCUUGCACUAGCAGCCUGCAAUACAAUCGUGCCUAUUGUGACAAAUUCAUCUGAUUCCACCGUGAAAACAAUAGAUUACCAGGGGGAGUCUCCUGAUGAGCAGGCUUUGGUUUUUGCAGCUGCUGCAUAUGGCUUUAUGCUUGUAGAAAGAACCUCCGGCCAUAUUGUUAUUGAUGUACAAGGAGAGAGACAAAGGUAUAAUGUUUUGGGUCUUCACGAAUUUGAUAGUGAUCGGAAAAGGAUGUCUGUUAUACUGGGUUGUCCUGAUAGCACUGUUAAAGUCUUUGUAAAAGGUGCUGAUACUACUAUGUUUAGUGUCAUUGAUAAAUCCUUGAAUACGGAUGUAUUGCAAGCAACAGAAGCCCAUCUUCAUUCUUACUCCACAGUGGGUUUAAGAACACUUGUGGUUGGGAUGAGGGAGCUUGACAAUCUAGAAUUUCAGCGGUGGCAGUCAUCUUAUGAGGCUGCAAGCACUGCUAUAAUGGGAAGGGCUGCUCAACUUCGUAAGGUUGCUAGCAACAUAGAAAAAGACUUGAAGAUACUAGGUGCAUCUGCAAUCGAAGAUAGACUACAGCCAGGUGUGCCAGAAGCAAUAGAAUCUUUGAGAAAUGCAGGGAUUAAAGUCUGGGUAUUGACUGGUGACAAGCAAGAAACAGCAAUAUCAAUUGGUUAUUCUUCAAAGCUUCUCACAGGAAGAAUGAAACAAGUUAUUAUUAAUAAAAACUCCAAGGAGUCAUGUAGGCGGAGUUUGCAUGAGGCACUGGAUAUGUCAAAGAAUAUGUCAACAGCCUCUGGGGUUGUGGAUGAUAAUGAAGGGACUUCUGAACCAACUCAACUUGCCCUAAUUAUUGACGGUAGCAGCCUUGUUUAUAUUCUGGACUCGGAACUUGAGGAGGAGCUUUUCUUGUUAGCCAGUAGAUGUGAUGUCGUGUUGUGUUGCCGGGUGGCCCCACUGCAAAAGGCAGGAAUCGUUGCCCUUGUAAAGCAGAGAACUGAUGACAUGACCCUUGGAAUUGGAGAUGGGGCCAAUGACGUGUCGAUGAUUCAAAUGGCUGACGUUGGAGUAGGGAUAAGUGGACAAGAAGGUCGACAAGCUGUCAUGGCUUCUGAUUUUUCGAUGGGACAAUUUCGAUUUUUGGUUACACUAUUGUUGGUUCAUGGGCAUUGGAAUUAUCAGAGAAUGGCUUACAUGAUAUUAUAUAACUUCUAUAGAAAUGCAAUAUUUGUCCUUAUUAUGUUCUGGUACACAAUCUUUACUGGGUUUACUUUGACUACUGCAAUUACUGAAUGGAGCAGUGUCUUGUAUUCUGUUGUUUAUAGUGCUGUGCCUACCGUUGUAGUUGCAAUUCUUGACAAGGACUUGGGACGAAGAACCCUUCUAAAGUUCCCUAGACUCUAUGAACAUGGACAGAAGGAAAAGUGCUAUAACUCAAGGCUUUUUUGGCUGACAAUGGCUGACACUUUGUGGCAAAGUGGAGCUGUCUGCUUUCUCCCUCUCUUUGCGUAUUGGAAGACUGACAUUGAUUCGUCUAGCCUCGGUGACAUCUGGACAAUCGCAGUUGUAAUUAUAGUCAACUUGCACUUGGCAAUGGAUGUAGUAAGGUGGAACUGGAUCAUGCAUGCUGCCAUAUGGGGUUCUAUUGUUGCAACUUUCAUCUGUGUUCUUGUCAUUGAUGCCAUUCCUGUCUUGCCUGGUUACUGGGCUAUGUUCUAUGCGAUGGGCAAGUGGUCAUCCUGGUUUUGCCUGCUUAUUGUCCCGGUUGUUGGCAUAAUUCCUCGUUUUGUUGUUAAAGUUUUCAGCCAACGCUUUAGCCCCGGAGACAUCCAGAUCGCAAGGGAAGCUGAAAAAUUCGGUACGUUUUCAGAUUGGGAACGUGGGAUUGAAAUGAACCUAUUAAUUAAUGAUCGACCGAGAUGAUUAAUUAAGAAGAAAGCUCCUCAUUUUAGGUUUUUGUAAAAAGUCCCAUAUACAAGUAGGUUUUAUUUUUCUUCUUUAGAAAAUCAUUAUUCUUUGCUAUCCGAAGGAUAGAGGUUAGUAUGUUGCUGGGUUAGCGACGUCGGAUAGAGGUUGUGUAUUCGUUUCUUCCUUGUAUCUAUUCUUUUAUUUUUAUACGAAUGUAAAAUUAAACAUUUUUUUGUAAUACAAAAGAAAGGAAAAGUCGAAUGA